CGCGCUCCUUUUGCACUGCGCGUCGUCAACAUCGACUCGGACCUCCGCGUAUCCGCAACACAUCCUUCAUCGUUCUCAUGCUAUCAGUGUAUGAAUGUGUUUCACCCUUGCGACGCGUCAGCUACCUCCAUAGCCACCGCACUAGUACCAGGGACUAGGAGAAAGGCUUCAUAAAUACCUUCCAAACGGUCGUCUCUGGGCUUCCUCUCGACCCCUCUACUUUGCCAUGUCUCCUACGCUGUCUACUCAGGAUGUCGGCGCUCUCUUUCCCGCCCCCGCCCCUCCUCCAUCUGUUCUCGCGCCUCGUCGGAUCCCCAACUCGGGUCCCGAGUGCACGGCUGCUCUAGUCAAGACGCUGAAGCACAACCAUGAAAAGCACCAUGUCUUCUUCAACGAGCGAAGCUUUCACAAUCAUGCAGCCCACCACCUCAUCUGCAUCUGGGCUCUAGGCGCCAGCGGACCCUUGAUCGAGUCUGCAUACAAUGACACCCACGUGGACCACAUGAAGGACCAGUUCAAGCCUCCACAGGAGAUCACAGACACCAACUUCGUCGAGCAUCUCGGUGAUGAAAACUACUAUACCGGAUACCUCAACUACUUCCACGACCUGGUCCUACGCAAAUCUGCUUCCGAGCUGCUUGAAGAAUACAUCUUCUCCGAGAAGUACAACAUCGAUCCCGCCCGUGAGGCCAAGGGCGAGAAGCAACCCGAGAUGCUGAACCGAUUCGUUGAGAUCAUCAUGCACCCUUUGAUUCAUACCGGCUAUGGCGUUGAGUUCGGAUUGCCUGGUAUGCUAGCUGAAGGUUUCGCUCAGACGUCCAUACACCCAGCAGGAGCUACAACUCUCGUCUCGCAACUACUCUUCAGGUCCCAACCCCUGGAUCGUCCGAAGGUCCACCCUUUCUCCAUCCUGGCGAAGAUGCUCAAGGACCCGCGGUUCGAGGACAGGAUUCUCGACAAACACGAGUAUGCGGAGAUGCUCGAGUCGCGUGGUGACAUCAUCGUCGAGUAUGGCGCUCAAUGGGUCGUCGACAUUCAGAAUGAGCAAGACUACGAAUUUUAUCUCGAGCAGCUCAUCUGGACCGUGACCAUGAUCUACGGUAUCGGCAGCUGGAGUGAGAAGGAGCCGUACGCAGCUGAUUUCUUCACGAUGCACGCAGUCACCUCCGCGCUCUUCCUCCCCUCCGUCUGCGCCAAAGUCAGCCACAGAUCCCAGUCACUGCUCCUCCGUGCCCACUUCCUCACCUCCAUCACCUGGUGGCUCGUGCGCGGGCGCCCCUCGUUCCCCAUCGAGCGCUUCAACGCCCUCACGCCCACCUACCCCAAGCUCCCGGGCCCGCACCCCACCCCGGCCGCCGACGCCAUCCCCUCCCUGUCGUCGCCCUACGCCGUCGUGCCCAACGCGUGGAUGCCGAUCCUGCAGAGCACACUCGUGCACCCCAACGAGCACCUGUGCAAACUGCAGCGCGCGCUCGCGCAUUUUGCGGAGCUUUACGGUCACCGCCCCGCGGGCUACUUCGCUGGCGCGGGCCUCGACCAGGUGGAGAAGCUGGACGGGUCGAUGUUCGUCCGUGUCGCUAUUCUCACGGGUGAUUUGCUAGGUUGGUCGAGGGAGGGCGAGCCGAAUGCGGGGAUGUGGGACUGGCAGGAGUUUGAGAGGGCCGCGAUUGAGUCGGAGAGGCUGGGCGCGGAGCAGGAGGCGGAGAAGGAGUGCUUGGAGGCGGACAAAGCCUAGAUGGAGUUUUCGUCCGUUCACGAUUUGUCUGACUGUAGUUCUGAGAUCUUUCCGUAUCUUUACAGUAAAUAUAUGCUCGAUUUUUGCUUAUGGAUGUGUAGUAAGCCCUACUUUACCUCUCUCAACGCAUCUCAGUCUUAUAUUUUGCUUCGCUUGCCAUUUAUUCUGUGCUCGUUCCCUUCAACGUCUGGCUCAAAAGUACUGUCGUUCUUUGCGCCGUGACACAUCUGUUUGCCCUAGUACUGUACACAACCUUCUUUACAGUCAAGUACAUUCUGAUCGCGGUAUAUAGAAUCUUAUAUUCAAACAA